AUGUCGUUCACGAAAGCCGCCAGCGACGAGAAGGCCAUCGCCACCAUCCGAUGCCUUGCCGCUGAUGUCGUCGCAAAGUCCAACUCGGGCCACCCUGGUGCGCCCAUGGGCAUGGCCCCUCUGGCCCACCUCCUCUGGUCCCGCUACAUGACUGCCAACCCCAAGCACUCGAAGUGGAUCAACCGCGACCGCUUCGUCCUGUCGAACGGCCACGCGUGCACCCUGCUCUACAUCAUGAACCACCUCAUGGGCUACAAGGACAUGCCCAUGGAGCAGCUCAAGCAGUUCCGCCAGCUCGACUCCAAGACCCCCGGCCACCCCGAGGCCAACCACACCGAGGCCGUCGAGGUCACCACCGGUCCCCUCGGACAAGGCUUCGCCAACUCGGUCGGCCUCGCCAUUGCCCAGGCCAACCUCGCCGCCACCUUCAACAAGGACGGCUUCCCGCUCUUCACCAACUACACGUACAUGUUCACCGGCGACGGAUGCCUGCAGGAGGGUAUCUCGUCCGAGGCUGCGUCGCUCGCCGGCCACCUCAAGCUCGGCAACCUCAUCGCCUUCUACGACGACAACCACAUCUCGAUUGACGGCGACACUGCGUGCUCCUUCACCGAGGACGUCGAGCAGCGAUUCCUCGCCUACGACUGGCACGUCCUCCACGUCCUCGAUGGCGACAAGGACAUCGAGGGCAUCUACAAGGCCAUCGAGGAGGCGCGCAAGGUGACCGACAAGCCGUCGCUCAUCCGCAUCAAGACGACCAUCGGUUUCGGCUCCAAGCAGCAGGGUCUCGCCGCCACCCACGGUGCACCCCUCAAGGCCGACGACAUCGAGGCCGUCAAGGAGAAGUUCGGCAUGGACCCCAAGGAGAAGUUUGUCGUCCCCGAGGACGUCUACGAGGCCUACCGCCAGGUGGGCGAGCGGGGCGCCAAGGCCGACGCCGAGUGGACCGAGAUGUUCAAGGCCUACGGCGAAAAGUACCCCAAGGAGCACGCCGAGGUCGCCCGCCGCAUCGCCGGCAAGCUCCCCGAGGGCUGGCAGAAGGCUCUCCCCACCUACUCGCCCAGCGACCCCGCCGUCGCCUCGCGCAAGCUCUCCGAGACGGUCCUUGGCAAGCUGGCCGAGGCCAUCCCCGAGCUGGUCGGUGGUUCCGCCGACCUGACGGGCUCCAACCUGACGCGCUGGGGCAACGCCGUCGACUUCCAGCACCCCAGCACCCAGCUCGGCGACUACUCGGGCCGCUACAUCCGCUACGGUGUGCGCGAGCACGCCAUGGGCGCCAUCAUGAACGGCCUCCACGCCUACGGCAUGCACAUCCCCACGGCCGGCACCUUCCUCAACUUUGUCUCGUACGCCAUCGGCGCCGUCCGCCUGUCGGCCCUGUCCCAGUUCCGCGCCAUCUGGGUCGCCACCCACGACUCGAUCGGCCUCGGCGAGGACGGCCCGACCCACCAGCCCGUCGAGACGGCCAUUGCGCUGCGUGCCAUCCCCAACCUCAUGUUCUGGAGGCCCGCCGACGGCAACGAGACGUCGGCCGCCUACCUGGUGGCCAUCGAGAGCGCCAGCACCCCCUCGGUCCUCGCCCUCUCGCGCCAGAACCUGCCCCAGCUCGAGGGCAGCUCGAUCGAGAAGGCGGCCAAGGGUGGCUACGUCCUGACCGAGACCCAGUCGGCCGACAUCACGCUCGUCGCCACCGGCUCCGAGGUGGCCAUCUGCAACGAGGCCGUCGCCAAGCUCGCAGAGAAGGGUAUCAAGGCGCGCCUGGUGUCGAUGCCCUGCUUUGAGGUCUUCGACGCCCAGCCGCUCGAGUACCGCCUGUCGGUGCUCCCCUCGGGCAAGCCCAUCCUCUCGGUCGAGGCCUACUCGCCGCUCGGCUGGUCCAAGUACGCCCACGUCUCGCACGGCAUGGACAACACGUUUGGCAAGUCGGCGCCCGCCCCCGAGCUCUUCAAGGCGUUCAAGAUGACGGGCCCGGACGUCGCCGCCAAGGCCGAGCACGUCGUCAAGGCGUUCAAGGGCAAGGAGCUCACCAGCCCCAUCGAGCUGGCCAAGCUCAUGGAGGUCGCCUAA